AUGGCCUUUCAGGGUUUUUUCGAGAUGACGGGCGCUGCCAUGGCGUCUGCGGCCGAAAAUACACGGCAGUUUGCCGUUGGGAGCAUGCCAGUGGUAGAAGGAGCCGUGAACUUUGCGGCCGAGAAGUUCAAGGGGUUUGCAGUCGGAAAAGCUCCGAUAGUGCAGACAGCUGUGGCUUCUGCAGCCGACGCGACACAGCAGUUCGUCGCUGAUACCGCACCCGAGGUGGGGGGCUUCGUCGCUUACGCCGGUGGAAAGGUUCUAGGGCUCACGGCCGAAACGGCGCCCAAGGUCAACGCUGCUGUCGGCGUCGCAGCCGAGAAGUCCUGGGAGUUCUUCAAGGAGAGCGCGCCGAAGGCGAUGGCCGAGGGCGUGCAGCUGGCCUCGGGACAUCCCGUUGCAAGUGGUGCGGUAUGCGGUGUCAUCGUGGGCGUCGUGCCGGCAACUGGGAUAGUUCUGAUACUGAAUGCUGUUGGUUUUGGCCCUGGUGGCGUCGUUGCCGGCUCCUUGGCGGCCAGCGCGCAUAGCAGCAUAGGCAGCGUUGCGGCUGGGUCGUUGUUCGCUAUGCUGCAGAGCGCUGGUGCAGGGGGGGCUGCCGCGUCUCUUACCGCGAUCUGUGGUGCCGUCGGUGGAUACAUAGGCGCGCUCUAUGGGUGGCAUGUGGGACAGGGAUAG